CCUCCUCCACAAGGGACCAAGGAGGGUUUUCAGCACUUGCCACGGCAGCUCGCAAUGGACAUCACCACAAAGACUCAGUGAUCCCUCGCAUCGCCCGGACGCUCGACAGAAACCACAACUGACAGGCAAAUCUCGGUGUUCAGCUGGGACUUCCAGAGCCGGUGGAGAAGUGAGGCAGGGAGAAAGAAAAAACGGAAGUGCUUGGUGGACUAGCCUCUCGAACAUUUGAAGAAGGUGUAUCUGCCCCAACAGGCAUUUCUCCCUUCAUCGCUCGAAAAAAGAAAACCAAAAACAGCAUCAGCACCAUGGAAGAAGACCCGGACGAGGGCCAGUCCCAGAAAGGAUGCCUCGAAUGCUGCAUCAAAUGCCUGGGCGGGAUCCCGUACCCAUCCCUCGUCGCCACCAUCUUGCUGUACGUGGGCGUGGCUCUGUUCUGCGGCUGCGGACACGAGGCCCUGUCCGGCACCGUCACCAUCCUCCAGAACUACUUCGAGGUGGUGCGCAGCCCCGUGGACGCCCUGGACGUCUUCACCAUGAUUGACAUCAUCAAGUACGUGAUCUACGGCAUCGCCUCGGCGUUCUUCGUCUACGGCAUCCUGCUGAUGGUGGAGGGCUUCUUCACCAGCGGCGCCAUAAAAGACCUGUACGGAGACUUCAAGAUCACCACCUGCGGACGCUGUGUCAGCGCUUGGUUCAUCAUGCUGACAUACAUCUUCAUGCUGGCUUGGCUCGGAGUGACUGCUUUCACCUCCCUCCCAGUCUUCAUUUAUUUCAACAUCUGGAAUAUUUGCCAAAAUGCUACCGUGCUGGAGGGGGCCACACUCUGCCUGGACCCACGCCAGUAUGGUAUCGUGCCCAUUGCCGAGGCGAAGACAGUGUGCGCCGGAUCAGAGAAGUUCUACAAGAUGUGCGAGUCCAAUGAGCUGGACAUGACAUUCCACCUGUUCAUCUGUGCCCUCGCUGGAGCAGGAGCUGCUGUUAUUGCUAUGAUCCACUACUUGAUGGUUCUGUCUGCCAACUGGGCCUACGUGAAGGACGCCUGCCGAAUGCAGAAGUACGAGGACAUCAAGUCGAAGGAGGAGCAGGAGCUCCACGACAUCCACUCCACCCGCUCCAAGGAGCGUCUCAACGCCUACACAUAAAGACCAGCGGGAGGCCUGGCCCUGCCACUCCGGCCACUCUCCCUCUCUCUCUCUUCUGUCUUUCUCUCUGUCUCUCUCUACCAUCCCCUCCCGAGGGGGGGGCGGAUGGCGCCUAGGGCCCUCGCCACCGCUGACGUCACCGG